AGACAGAAGGUCUGCUCUGCCGAACUCCAAGACCGAGUAGACGUCCAGGCGUUAGCCGCAGUCCCAUCGAAACCACCCCGAAGCCCGUCGCUCGCCCUGACGACCAACCCUUGCCACUUUUCGUCUGAACCCAAGCAGGAAGCAGCAAGAAAAAGAAACAGGGACUGAGGCGAGGGCUACUGCUGAGAGACAUGGACAAUGUGCAAAUGAUCGGCACUAAAAUCACAGCGAUCAAGGAAUACUUAUAUAAUUUCGCAAGGACCCACUCCCCCACGAGACUCAUGAGUUCCGAAAAUACCUAUUCGCUCUCCAAAGAGCAUAGCAAUCUAAAGUACACGGAUAUCCUGCCACAAAAUGCGGAAGGGUACCCGGCCACGAAGGAGUUCCUGAUGAAGGUCGUCGACAUCCUUUUGGAUUUCGUAAAAGCGACCAACGAUCGCAAUGCCAAAGUUUUGGAAUUUCAUCAUCCGGCUGACAUGAGCAGACUCCUGGACCUGGAGAUACCCGACUCGGGGGUUACUCUUCAGCAACUACUUCUGGAUUGCUCAACCACCCUUAAGUACCAAGUGAAGACGGGUCAUCCUCAUUUCUUUAACCAACUGUCCUGCGGCCUCGACCUGGUCUCCAUGGCUGGCGAAUGGCUGACUGCCACGGCCAAUACGAAUAUGUUCACCUAUGAGAUCGCACCGGUGUUCAUCCUUAUGGAGCACAUUGUUCUUCAGAAGAUGCGUGAACUCAUUGGGUGGUCCGGCGGUGACUCCAUUCUUGCACCGGGAGGCUCAAUCAGCAAUCUGUACGCCUUCCUCGCAGCUAGGCAUAAAAUGUUUCCCAUGUAUAAGGAACGUGGUUUGGCUGCUGUCGGUGGGCAGUUGGUUAUGUUUACGUCCGAUCAGUGUCAUUAUUCUGUGAAGUCAUGUGCCUCUGUGUGCGGAUUAGGCACGGAUAAUUGCGUCAUGGUACCCAGCGAUGAUCGCGGACGUAUGAUUCCGGCGAAACUUGAGGAACUUAUUCUGGAACGUAAGGCCAGGGGUCAUAUUCCGUUCUUUGUCAAUGCUACUGCUGGGACUACUGUGAUUGGUGCGUUCGAUCCAAUUCCGGAAAUCGCUGAUAUCUGUCAGAAAUAUAAAUUGUGGCUUCAUAUCGACGCGGCGUGGGGUGGUGGACUGCUUUUAUCGCGAAGAUACAGACAUCCUAGAUUGACGGGAAUCGAGCGGGCCGAGUCCGUUACUUGGAAUCCGCACAAGCUGAUGGGUGCUCUGCUCCAGUGUUCCAGCAUCCACUUCAAGGAGGACGGACUACUUAUCAGCUGCAAUCAAAUGUCUGCCGAGUAUCUUUUCAUGACGGAUAAAUUGUAUGACGUAAAAUACGAUACUGGUGAUAAGGUCAUUCAAUGCGGACGUCAUAAUGACAUUUUCAAAUUAUGGCUUCAAUGGCGCGCUAAGGGUACUGACGGUUUUGAAAAGCAUAUGGAUCGUCUUAUGGAGUUAACGGAAUACAUGGUUAGGAGGAUCAAGCAGAUGUCUGAUAAGUAUUAUCUCAUCUUGGAACCGGAAUUGGUGAACGUUUGCUUCUGGUAUCUUCCUACUCGUGUUCGCAAUAUGCCACACACUCCUGAGAGGGAAAAGAUCCUGGGAGAGAUUUGCCCAAUACUCAAGGGACGUAUGAUGCAAGCUGGAACCUUAAUGGUGGGUUAUCAGCCUGAUGAUCGGCGGCCAAAUUUCUUCAGAAGUAUCAUCUCCAGUGCUGCUGUUACGGAAGCUGAUGUUGACUUCCUGUUGGCUGAAAUGGACCGGUUGGGUCAUGAUCUGUAAACGAGGUUACUUUCAUAGAAGUGAUGAGAUAGUGGAUUAACGUUGAAUUUCAUAGACAAAAUUAUUAUUCGUUACUGUCAGAUAUUAAUAGAAAAAAAUAAUGAGGGAUCGGAUAACGACGAAUAAUAAUUUUUUUUAAUUCUGCAUUCUUCCUGACAUUCAUUAAAAUCAUUAAAAUUGCAUUUUCGUCGAAAUCUAAUGUCAAGGAACUUAAGGGAAGGACGCGCGGGUGUUCUGGUAAUCUUGUGGCAAUUUUUCUUUUAAGAUUUUGAAAAUGAUUGAAAGCAAUUAAGUAAUCAGGGAAGCGAGUAGUCAAUAAUGAUUAAGGAUUAAUUAUGGAAAGAGUAUAUUCGAGAGUCCUGGUACACCCGUUAUUGUGUUACUGUUGUUUGAGGAUAAGAAAAUUCGAAUUUGUUUAUAAGUGUGUUGAACAUCUUUUAAUAGUAGGAUUGACAUUCGAUUAAUUUAAAAAUUGUGGAAUAUUAGCGUUAGUUUGAUAAUGUUAUCAGAGAGUAGUCCAUAUUGAAGAAAAAGAAUGAGGAUCGCGCUGCUCUUGAUUUCCGGAAUGUAAAUUCUGGAACAAUAAUAACAAUUGACAAAGUGGCGGGAUAUACAAAAAUAAUAAUAAAGAAACACUUAGCAGGGAGUGGAAAUGUCGAAGGAUAUUUCUGGAAGUACGUGUAGAUUUAAGUGAAAAUACACAGCAUAUCCAAGAGGUGUAAAUUAAAUUACACACGCAUAGACAUGUAAUGUAAAGUUGUAACCGACUUUGGUAACUACUGGCUUUUGGUUUCUAGAAAAAUAAUUCUUUCAAAUUCAAACAAACUUAACAAGGCUCCGUGUGAAAGUCAAAAAAUUCUAUGGUUUGUAAUUCAUAGCAGGCUUUUGUCUAUAAAUACUGUAUAUAGUCCUAUUAGUAAUCCUAAAAGAAAGUUUCUUUUCCAAGAAAAUUAGAAUAUUUUUAUUUUGUUUUAUUCUUGUAUCAUACAUUUCACCCAUAUGUGAGAAUAUUUGUAGAACAAACAUAUGUAACGCGUUAAUUAUGGUUUUUUUUUUAAUUUUUGAUAAUUGUUGAGCCUAAAUUAUGAAAUAGGGUGAUUUUUAUUUGAGAAUUAGAGUUAUAAUUAACAAACCAAAACUAGUAUUGCCAAGGUCGAGUUUACCUUGUUUGAAAGUGAAAUAUUAUAUUUUUAAUGCGACACAAAGUGUUCUGUCGUUACUGUGAAAACUGUAACGAAUUGCCAAUCACACAAGACGAUAAAAUAUUUCAAUUUGAAAUGAGAUGUUGCGCAACUGUGAAUGAGCGAUGAAGUAUCGUUUAGCUAAACUUAAUUCCAAUCGAAUAGAUAAUUAAUUCGCGACGAUAUACGUUCUGUUAAUUCUUUGAAGAAUUUAUUAUUAAUUGUUUGCCAAGAUAUAACAAGAAAUAUACAACUGCUAUAUAUCACUGAGUAUAUACGGCAGUACAUGCGUACGUACUGAGGUGCAUAUAUUAUUUGCUGUUGAAAAAUGUUUGCCCAAGCAGAGAAUAUAUAAUUGAAUAUAAUAUAAAUAAGUAUAAAUAUCAAAGUUAUAUAUAUACAUAUAUUUAGCGUUGAGAUAUUAAAGUAUAAAAACACAAACCCAUGAAAGUACGUGCUUUUUCGUGUAUUUAUGUGGGACUUUUUCUUUUUUUUCUUUCUCGUUAUUUAACCUUUUCUUGAAAUUCUAUCAAUUUCCAAUCAACUGUAUUCAAUUUGAUCCAUCGCGUCGCGUCUUUAUUUCAUUCACGAAAUAACACGGGGGAACUGAUUGAUUGGCAGUGUUGAAAAAAAUUUCCAAAUUUUUAUUUUGGAAAGGGGACUAGAGUAUUUAUCUCUGAUAUGUUCUGCUUUUUUGUGUCAUUCCAAAUUGUCGGUUCUACGUGAUGAAAUUUCUAUGGACGCGACUGGUAUGGAAAAAAGAAACGAAAGAAAUAUAGCAAUGCGGAAAAAUGUUGAUGCACUCGCCAGUAUAUCUAAAAGUUAGUAUUAAAUACGGAUUAUUGCUAAUAAAUCUAGAUGUAACUAUGACAGAGGAAUGUAAAUGUACUUACAUGUGUAUAAUGUACUCAUUUUAUUUUCCUUUGGUAGUUUACAAGGAAAAAAACAAUUUCUUGAAAAAUCGAUUUAAUUGCAUAAUAACGAACGAUACUUUAACUGCAAGAACAGAAUGAUUCUUUUUUGUUUUCGUAAAACCAAAAAACGAAGGUCGGUCCACCAACGAGACACCAUGAAAUUGCAAACUAUUGUUCGCAAAACGAGAGUACGCCCAUAGUUAAAAUAAAAGUAAAAAAUGUCCAAGAAUCGUAUUUUUUGAAAGAACGCAAAAAAGCCAAAACCCAAAGUAGGAGGAGACGCUUAAAAGUCACUGAUAGCCGCAAGAGAAAUGAUAACCAUGUAAUUUAUUUUAUCUUAAACGAUAUAAUUUUGUGAGAAAAUUAGAGCUACAUUUUAUUAGUGUAAAUUAUUGUUAAUGUUGCCUCUAUUUAUCGAUAUGCAUAAUAUAUAGGGAGACAAGAAAAUAAGAGUAUAUGUAUAUGUAGGGCUAUUGUCGCGUUGUAUAUCUAAAGAGGAUUUAUUUAAUGUUUCUUUCAAUAUAUUCUAGUUAUACAUACAUAUAUUGGUAUUGCGACGAAUAUGAUAUAUUUUUAAAGAGAAUAUAUCAUUUUUAAUGUGGGACUUGGUUUUUUUAUUUACAAAGAUUCAUUCACAUCAUCAAAUGAUAGUUUCGAAUCGGCUGCUUAAAGGCCGCAAUUACGUCUUCUGCCAAUUUUUUCCGCCAGAGAGCGCAUAGUCGUAUUAUUUAAUACAGUGCACCAUAAGUGCAUAAUGCACUUAACGAAUAUUCAUGUGAGUAUAAUAUAUUUAGCACUCUGCACAAAAUGACGCCCAUAGCAAAUCACUCUGUAUAUAAAUUAUUGCACCUUUUAAUUAAAUCAAAAUACAAAAAUUACUAUCGCAAUUGCUCAUUUGCACUUAUCUCAUUAAUUAUAGCACCCGUUCAUUUACACCUUGUAAAAUGCACUGUUCACUGUAUAUGUAUUAACAAUCAUUAUUCUUCGCAAUUGAUAAAUCAUUUAACAAAAACAUUAAUCAUUCACUUUCCGUAGAUUAAAAAAAAACACUUCGGGUAAAAUUGGCAGAAACCAUCGAAUUUCGUCGAUCGUUUAUUUAUACUUAAUAAUUAUGCCAUUAAGUGCACAAGUGGUUCCCUUGACGUCAUUAUCACUAAUUAAACCCAUAAGCGAUAAAUUGAUCGCGAGGUAAGACAACAAAGUCUCAUGUCUUCCAAUUAUUAAUAGAGUGAGUUGCGUGCUCGUGCGUGGAUGAGUGUGUGCAUAUUCAAAUUAGAUAAUUAAUUCUCCAUCCUUAUCGCGUAACGUUUGAUUCGUGUUAUACUGUCCUCUACUCAAUAGUAUCUGUCGCUCCGACUAUUCAUAUAUGUGUAUCCGUGUAUCUUACGAGUGAAAUACCGGGAUUUAGGAAUUCAAUGAUCGCGUGAUAGAGGAAUGAUACCACGAAGGAAUGAUUUGACGAAGCUUUUGUUGUGCUGUAAUCAUGUUGUAUCAUAAUUAAAGACCUAACCCACUGUAUAUCAAUGUCUAAUAAACUAAAGUUAUCCCAUGA